AUGCGCAAGAGGUUCUACCCAGCACAUGUGCGCGCUGCCAUGUAUGAGGAGUUCAUCCACCUGCAGCAAGGCUCCAUGUCUGUGGUUGAAUACCACAAGAGGUUCUUGGAGUUGGCACAUUUUGCGAGGAUACUUGUGCCGACAGAACUCGCUAAAGUCAAGAAAUUCGUGGCCGGUCUAAACUAUGAGGCGCGAAAAGCUUUGACUGUGAGUAGGCCAAGUUCUCUUAAGGACGCUUACGUGUGUGCCGCCGAUCUAUUUCGCGUGCAGCAGCUUCAGAGAGGAUCGUACGAGCAAGCUAGGAAGAGGACUGAGGGCGGAGGUUCUUCUACCUUCAAGAAGCCGAGACCGAGUUUCCCGGCCAAGCAGGUGUCAUCUUCAUCUCAAGGACAUAACAGAACAGAGCACGGGAACCAAGCCAAGGCAUCCCUUUGUCAGCGUUGUGGGAGGAUGCAUGUGGGUCAAAGUUGUAAUGGCUAUGCGCUCAAGUGUUUUCGAUGUGGAGAUCGAGGUCACAAAGUCGCGGAGUGCCCCAGCCAGCCGGUCAGAGAACGUUGCCACCACCCCCGGGAGCCGGAGGAGCAUCGAGAGUUGGUUCGGGCCGUGGAACAGUUAGAGCUAGACCAGCUGGAAGGGUCUUCGUGA